AUGCUUCUUCGAGCUCUGUUUCUGUCUCUCUCUCUAGGGCUCUGGGCGUUCAAAUUCGUGGUUUCAGAGAUUCAAUUGGGUUCUAGACUCGUCGUUGGCGAAAACAGCUUGUGGGAAUCCAACAAUGGUGAUUUUGCGAUUGGGUUUUUCAAUCCUCCCGAUUUGCCUAACCGGUUUAGCAUCGGUAUCCGGUUUAACUCCGAAUCAAUCCCUUCCGAUCAGCGGAAAGUCGUCUGGGUUGCUGGAGCAGGUGUUUCCGUCACCGACAACACCUCCUACUUCGAGCUCUCUCGUACCGGAGAAUUGGUAUUGUUCGAUUCCUCUUUGCGUGUUCCGGUUUGGAACAGCAAGACGAACCGGUUCUCUGUCUCCUCUGCUCUGCUCCGUGACGAUGGUAAUCUUGUGUUGUUGAAAGACAGUGAAGAGAUUGUUUGGCAAAGCUUUGAUACUCCUGCUGAUACUCUGCUUCCGAACCAAAAGCUGUUAGCUUUAGAGAUGCUUAGAGCUGCUAGUGAGAGUUCUAGGUCUAGCUAUUACAGUCUCCACAUGAAGGAUACAGGGAGGUUAGAGCUGAGAUGGGAGAGUAACAUUUCCUUCUGGUCAAGCGGAAACGAAGAAGCCACGAAGAAGAAGAAGGAGAAGAUCGGUGCUCUUCUGACUUCAGAGGGUGCUCUGUUUCUUGUGGAUCAAGAUCUGAUGAGACCGGUUUGGUCUGUUUUCGGAGAAGAUCACAACGACACUACCGUGAAGUUCCGGUUUAUCAGGCUUGACCGGGACGGUAAUCUGAGAAUGUACUCGUGGAACUCGUGGAACGAGGAUUCAGGGGUUUGGAAACCGGUUUGGCAAGCCGUUGAGAACCAGUGUCGGGUUUUCGCCACCUGCGGUUCGCAAGUUUGCUCCUUUAACAGCUCCGGAGACGCCGAGUGCACUUGUCCUUACAACACCUUCGCGCCGGUGUGGAAUCCGAAAUGCUUGGCGCCGUAUCAGAAGCUGGGAUGCAAAUCCAGCUUCGACAUGGUGAAAUUUAAGAACUUGGACUUGUAUGGGAUUUAUCCGGCGGAUGAUUCGGUUAUCCCUCGGAUCAGCUCGCAGAGAUGCAAGAAGAUGUGUUUGGAGAACUCUUCUUGCACCGCAGUCACUUACAUUAACGAUGGGAACGCUCAAUGUCGCAUGAAGCUGACUCGGUACAUCAGCGGUUACUCUGAUCCGUCUCUGAGCUCUGUUUCGUUUGUGAAAACAUGUUUAGAUCCGAUCGCUGUGAAUCCGAAUGUGUCGAAAGGUUUGUCACCUGUGGAUGUAUCAGCAAAGUCUCAAAGUAUCUGUCUUCCAUGUCUCGUUGGUGCGACUUCCACUACGCUUGCUCUGUUUCUCUGUUUUCAGCUCGUUGUAGUUGUGUACAUGUACAGGAGGAAGAAGAAGCAAGCGAAGAAGAAAGCUGAUCGGUUUUCGAAAGCGGCGAAUCCGAAAGGAGUGAUUGUAUUCUCUGUCGAUGAGAUCAAGGCGAUGACUAACGACUUUGAGGAUAGCAUAGGACCGGAGAUGUUCAAGGGGGUUAUGCCGGAGGGUGAAGAGCUUGUUGCGGUUAAAGAAAUGGAGGCAGCGUUGACAGAGGAAAGGAAGUUUAGGAGCUCUGCAGCGAAGAUAGGGACAAUGCAUCACAAGAAUUUAGCGAAGCUUGAAGGUUACUGCUGCGAGCGAGGCAGGAGGUUUGUGGUUUACGAAUACGCCAAGAACGGGUCGAUACUCGACCACAUUGUUGACCCUUUGCGAAGCAAGAAGCUGACGUGGAGGAAGAGAACGGAGACCUGCUUAAGCGUGGCGAAAGCUUUGUGUUAUCUCCACACGGAGUGUAGAGAGUUCGUCAGUCAUGGGAACUUGAACUGUGAGAACAUUCUGCUCGGUGAGGGGUUAGAAGCGAAGCUGACGGAAUACGGAUUCGGUUCUUGUGCUGCGGAUAAAGACGUUGAGGAUUUUGGGGAGACGGUUUUAGCUGUGGUGACUGGGAGGUACGAGUGGGGAGGAGUGGUGAGUGAGUGGGUGUAUAGAGAAUGGAUUGAAGGGAGGAAAGAAACCGUUGUGGACGAGAGAUUGGAGGGAGGUUUCGAUGUGGAGGAGCUCGAGCGGGUUUUGAGGAUCUCCUUCUGGUGUGUUCAGGCUGAUGAAAGGCUAAGGCCAUCAAUGGGGGAAGUAGUCAAGGUUUUGGAAGGUGCAUUGUCUGUUGAUCCACCGCCACCGCCUUUUGCUUGUGCAAGAUCAUCGUCGCCGACUAACUCAUCGGAGUCUGGUUAUUCGUUGUAA